UUACACUGAUAUGUAAUGAAGAGAACAGUAGCAGUCAUCGAUAUUCAAGAACUACCAUGGGAAACUGUAUCUGUGCUCCGUUCCAUCCGCCCCAAGAGAAGAUCAAGGUAGUAGUCUUUAAUGGAGGAGUAGAAGAGUUCAGUGCCUCGACAACAGUUGAAGAAAUCACAUCCGGCCCUUACGUGGAUUACAAGCUGGUGCACAAGGCCAACCCAUAUACACCAUUGUCACCCAGCACCGACCUAGAACCUGGGGAGGUUUACCAUCUUGUGCCAAACCUUGUAUGGCUCAACAAGGCUUUGGUUCCUUCAAAGAUAGCUCACCAGGAACAAGAAAGCGGCAAAAGACAGAAGGUGAGGAUAGUGGUGACUAGAGAGCAAUUGGAGCAGUUGUUGAAUGGCAAAAAUAAGAUCGGGUCUUUGAAUAUUGGGAGUUUUGGGUCACGAGAGCCUCGCAAAUGGAGGCCUUCUUUGGCUAUGAUCCCAGAGGUGCGGAAGUUUUGAAUGAUAGGAUUGACGGGUUAUUUUUAUCUUACCCUGUAAUAGUUGUUGUGACACAGUGAGGACACACUCCAAUUUACCAUGAUCAUUGUACAUUUCAGAUGAUUGUAGAGGGAGGGGUACAUGGAUUAUAGGUACCAGAGAGGAGUACGUGUUUUUCUCAGUGUUAUACCUCUUUCUGGUUCAAGUCAGUUUCUCUAAAUAUAAUCUGUUGUAUAAGUAGCUCUUUUUGAUACCAUUCUCAAACCUAUAGAAAAUAAAUGAU